AUGCUUAAGUGGAUCCAAGGUGGUAUUUCUGCCGUUACAGGGAUCGCUGAGCCCGAAUACGGCAAAGAAUUCAUCCAUCCAGUGACCGAAACGGUGGAAGGUAAGCAACCCUUCCACCAAACAACCAGAGAGGAUUUCCACUGGCAAAGUCCCAGUCACACUAACGUGGAGACCGCUACAUUCUACUUUUCGGACCUUAAACAAGGUUACAUCGGGUUUGCCCAAGUCAUUCACUCGAACAUUGUGGGUCUGCAUACGACAGCACAAUUGACCUUUAGAGUGUACAAUGUCCAAACACCAGAGUUCAAUAUAUGGACCUCGACCAGAUUGGAAAACUUCCGUAUCGAUGGUCCAAAUUUCUACGCGGACAAUCUUGCCAUCGAAAUGGACGCUGCAGGAUCUCAGGUUACGUUCAAGGCGUCAGUGUCGCCAGACACUACAAUUGAUCUGACGUUUGAUCGGACAGUCCCAGGUGUGAAAGUCGGCGAUAAUGCCACCACUUACUACGGUGACAACGUCGAGCAGCCUUGGGGUACUAUGAGACACAUUUUCUGGCCCAGAAACAUGUGCCACGGAUCCCUAAAAGUGGACGUGAGCAUAGGUUCUGAAAAACCCAGCUACAAAGACAUAGUUUUCUCUCAAGAGCAACCGGCUUAUUCGAUGUUUGUCAUGGCCAUACAGGGCAUGAAGCCUCACCACGCGGCCAAGUCUUGGAAUUUCCUCAAUUUCCAGUCGGAAACUCACAGUGCAGUGCUUAUGGAGUUCACUACACCAAAGUCGUAUGCCAACACCAAAGUCUCGAUCGGUAUACUAUGCAGUAAAGACGACAUCAUCAGCGUCACCAUCGACAACAUAGUGACACACGUCGAUCCGCAAGUUGACUCUGUGGGUUGGCCCGUUCCACAAGGUCUAAAGGUUGAAUUCAACGGUGUAUCUGCUCAUGCAGAAGACAUUGAAAAGGCUUCUCCUGUGACCGCUUUGGCUUCGGGUCCGCUCAAACAACUAGUCGAAAGAGUGGAUGUCAUGAAAGAAAUUCCUACGUUUGUCAAGAACAUCGUAUCUGGUGUUGCUGGCACCAAGCCAUACAUCUAUCAGUAUGCUAACGAUUUCAAUCUUACGGUCGGCGACGAGCCUGCGGUCAAGGGUAUGGGGUGGUCUGAAAUCACUUUCAUCUCCGAGGCUGAAGAGGUGACUGAAGAAUCUUACAGUGAAAUUUAA